UAAAGUCAAUGACUACGUGUAAUCACAGAUUGUUGUAGAUAGAUUUGAGUUUAAGAGUUUUUAAAUUUGUAAAAAUUAAUUUGUCAUGGAUAAGUCUAUGAGUCAAAAGGAAUAUUUAAAGAAAUAUUUAUCUUCUGGAAAUGGAAAAGAAAAAAAGAAGAAGAAGAAACUCAAGGUUGGUCCAAAAACAGUAAAAAUCAUAGAUGAUGACAUAGACCUCAAGAAGCUCAGACCAAUAGAAGAUGGUGAAUUUGACAUAUUCAUCAAUGGAGAGGAUGCACCUCAAAUAGCAGGAAUAAUUGACGAACGUGGCCCGGUUGAUUUCUCUGACAAGAAAAAGUGGAAAAUUAUAGCCGACAGUGAGGAUGGAGAAUUGCGGUUUAAAAGUAGCGAGAGAGAACAACAGGAUGAUACUGUUGUAUCGAAUAAAAAGGAAAGAGAAAUUAGAAGACGUAAAAAAGUCUAUGAUUCAGAUUCGAGUCCAAUUAGGAAAAAUAAAACGAAUGAAGAUUCGGAUGAUAGUUUAUCGAGGAGAAAUAAAAAGAAUAAUCGAUCAGAUAUUAAACAUUCUAAAAAAACUAAGCAUGAUUAUGAUUCGGAUUUGAGUCCACCUAGGAAAAGUAGAAAGGACAAUGAUUCGGAUUUGAGUCCACCUAGAAAAAGUAAGAAGAACGAUGAUUCGGAUUUGAGCCCACCUAGAAAAAAUAGGAAAGGCAAUGAUUCAGAUUUGAGUUUACGUAGAAAAAGUAGGAAGAACGAUGAUUCGGAUUUGAGUCCACCUAGAAAAAGUAGGAAAGCCAAUGAUUCAGAUUUGAGUCUACGUAGAAAAAGUAGGAAGAACGAUGAUUCGGAUUUGAGUCCACCUAGAAAAAGUAGGAAGGACGAUGAUUCGGAUUUAAGUCCACGUAGAAAAAGUAGGAAGGACGAUGAUUCGGAUUUGAGUCCACCUAGAAAAAGUAGGAAGGACGAUGAUUUGGAUUUGAGUCCACCUAGAAGAAGUAGGAAGGACGAUGAUUCGGAUUUGAGUCCUCCUAGAAAAGAUAGAAGACAGCAUAAUGAUUCCAAAAGUAAGCAAUUUAGAGAUUUAUCUAAAUCUCAUAAAAAAUACAGUAAAAAGGGUUCAAGCUCUUCUCAUAAAUAUAAGGAUUAUGAUAGUGAUCAAAGUCAAGCACUUAGGCAAUCAAAACAUGGAAGGCAUUCUUCAGAAAAGAUUAAAAAGAAUAGAUGGAAAGAUCAUGAUAAUCAUUAUAAACAUCACACAAAAUGGGAUGAUCAAAACGAUAGAAACGAGUCGACAAAUAGUGAAAAUACGACACAAGAUACAAAAAUGAAGAAAACUUUAAGCGGUAAGAGCGCUGGUUUGCAGGAUGCAAAAUCAUUACGCGAAGAAUCAGAGGCUUUUAAAAAACGUGAAGCUGAAAUGUUUAAUAAGUUAAGCAAAGAAAUCACCGGUGCUGGUCAAAAGGCCAUCUUACGAGAUUCUAAAACUGGAAGGAGACGUAAUUUAGAAGCUGAAGCGGCAAUAGAACGUGAAAAACAAAAGCGUCAAGAAGAAUUGAAUGAAAAAUAUGAAAAAUGGGGUAAAGGAUUGAAACAAGUAGAAGAUAAAGAAGAAAAAUUAAAGAAUUAUCUUCAUGAAAUAAGCAAACCAUUGGCAAGAUACGCAGAUGAUGCUGAUUUAGACAAAGCACUUAGGGAACAAGAAAAAGAAGGUGAUCCGAUGUUGGAAUAUAUUAGGAAGAAAAAAAUAAAAGAAGGAAAAAUAAAACCUGAUGAACUACGAUACCAAGGAUCUUUUACGCCUAAUCGUUUUGGUAUUAAACCUGGUCAUCGUUGGGACGGAGUCGAUAGGAGCAACGGAUACGAAAAGAAAUGGUUUGAAGCACAAAAUGCAAAAACAGCAUUGCAAGAGGAAGCAUAUAAAUGGAGUACAGCUGAUAUGUAAUAUAUAUAUAUAUAUUCUAUGAUUUUUUUUUUUUUUUUUUUUUUUUUAAAAGAACUUUCUUUGUUAUAAUUUUAAGAUUAUAUCAGAUGAUAAUAUUCCAAUUCUGGCAUUGAUAAUAAAAUGUAUAUUAAUUUUUUAAUAUCGAGUUAUGUAUCGAUGCAUUCUGAGGAUAUAUAACAUAAUUCAAAGGAACAGUUAA